AUGGAAGAUCGAUUGAAGAAUGUUGACUUUCAAAUAGUAUCAACGAACGAAGAAGUAAAUAUACUGACAUCAAGAAUUCACAAUCUUGAAAACAAAAUAGAAGAUCUUGAAGAUAGAUCUCGUAGGAAAAACCUGAGGUUCCGUAAUUUUGAGGAUUCCAAUAAACAAGGAAAUUUGGAAUAUAUGCUACACGAUUACUUUAAAGCCUUAGGUUUAAAAUUGGACGGCCAUAACGAGAAAAUCGAAAGAUGUCACAGACUGCAUAAACCAUCAAAUAUAGCAUCUGAUACCCCAAGAGAUAUAAUUACUUGUUUCCAUUCGUUUGAAUUUAAAGAACAAGUUUUAAAAGCCAAUAGAGAGAAACGUAUAAAAGAUGGUCCAUAUUCACAUAUUAUAGCACUUCCAGAUCUAUCUUAUAAUACCAGAAACAAGAGAAGAAUGUUUUCAUCUGGAAUCAAUAUCCUCAAGCAACAUAAUAUCAGAUUUAGAUGGAGCUAUCCUACAAAGAUGAUUAUCCAAAUGGAUGGAAAAAUAGAGUCUUUUGAUCAACCAGAUAAGCUAAAGACAUGGUUACAGAACAAAUCAUUAAAUUAA